AUGUACAAUCAUGCCAGCCGUGGCACCUAUACAGCUGUCCAGUCUAUGCCACCUCCGCCUCCUCCACCGAAUACACGUGCAAUCAGUAUGGCGGGGAACGCCUCCGUCAUAACAGUUGGUCAUCCUGGCUCAUCCUCAUCUUCAAUCAUUUAUUCUACCUACUCUGCAACAAGCGACUCGACCAUUGCAGACGAGAAUCACACAAACCUGAGUAGCAAUCACUCCUCCAGGACUGAGCCGGUUGAGAGCUCUCAGGCGGCAUCCGACGGUCUUCCCCUGAGACUCGGUAAUGAGACUAGGCUGCCUGGAAACUCGAGCAAUGGAGGGCUAGUCAAUGAGACCAUGUUCGAUGCAAUUGCCUCCAUGGACCACCCGGAGAGAGAAUAUGAUUCACACUGGGAUUCGACCGCGCAGGUUGAUACUGUGAUGACAGGCGCAGUAGGAGCUGUAGUCGGGGUUAAUGGUGACGGGAUCUUUGACAUUAUCUGA